AUGACGGGCACGAGCAACCUUUCCACGCCAAAGAGAUAUAUCACCACCAAUAAUGACAGUGGUGAAUCGGUGUUCACCCCUCGAAUCUCUCCAGAUCCUCCCUUUCGAACACUGCCAGAUGGGUCGAGAAUCAUGUUUUGCUACGGGACUGAUGAGUUUCCCAUCAACCUGAAUCUCGACCAGGAUUUACGGUCUUAUCAACAUCUCAUUGAUAAUCCGCCGGGAAUCGUUGUUCAGAAUGGCGUACCAUUUCGCAUCCUCGAUCUGCCACCUGGCUACACAUCACCCAUGCACCGCACUAUCAGCGUGAACUUCAAUGUCGUCCUCGAAGGACAGCUCGAGCUGAUCUUGGAUUCAGGGGAGAAGCGCAUACUCAACCGUGGCGAUUCGGCGAUACAACGGGCCAUCAAUCACGCAUGGAGGAACGUCAGCUCCACGGCAUGGGCUCGUAUGGUUGCCGUGCCCGUUCCAGCAGAGGCAAUACAGAUUGGUGACAGGAAGCUUGAAGGUACUGGCAUUCCAGGAAUGAAAUCUUCAUAG